AUGGAUAUGCCGGGCCAGGGCUCGGAGGUAUGCCUGCAGUGGUACGAGGCGUGGCUCACGUCAAUUGCCACUAUCGAGUCGCCUAGAUCUCCUGCGUGGGAUGACAACCUUCCACACUACGCAAGGCUGCAGAAUGCGGGAUCUCUGAACGAGAUAGCGAUAGAGCAUUACCACGCGCUGCAUAAAGGCGACCUAUCUCUGGAGGAGCUUUCCCAGCAUAUAGGACAAAUUGGCGAUGUGCUCAGCCAAGUUGACCUCCGGAAGCUCGCGACGCAGCCGAAGUCGCGCAGCAGACAAAUGCUCACGCCAUUCUUCGACUGCGCGGACAUAUCGCAGGCGCUGCAGGAGUGCCACCGGCAGGAUUCAUUCGCAUACGUCUUCCUGCUGGUGCGGCUCCUGUACGAGAUAUUGCUUUACACCAAGUCAAGCGCCGUGAGAGUCUUCUGUUUCUAUCAAAUAGUCAGGAAUGCAAAAGUGCUGCGCAUUCUUUUCGGGCUCGUCACGCGUGAAGUUUCCCUGAAGGGCACGGAGGGCUACGUGGAGGGUGUAACUCCCUCCACGGUUGACGCGUUAAAUACCAUUGGGCAAUUGCCUCGCCGAUUCUCUUUCAACGUCAUGGACAAUAUACUGAAACAAAUGCUGACCUCAAAGGAUAUCAACCUUAGGGUAUGUGGACUAGAAUUGUUGAAGCUUUGCCCACGAAUCGUUGCCUGUAACCCGCAGCUACUGGGCGAGCUUAGGGACACGCUCGUCGGACCUGUUGAAGAGCUCGCAAGCAAAGCUGCCGUAUCACUUGUCAGUGUUCUGGAAUACGUCCCUGAGGCGAUUGCGCAGAUAUUUUUGACAUGCAGCCACGAGCACGCCCUGGCGGUUGAGUUCAGCCCCCAACGUAUUCAGUCAUUCUGCUGCGUUGCGCUCGGUUGUAGGCAACAACCGUUGUACAAAACAGCGUUCCGCAUGUGUUGGAACAUCUGGAUCCACGUGGAUACCUGCAGGGAAGAGCGGCAAACAUCGGACACGCUUAUGGUUCGUGAGUCGCAUUUCUACUUGAUGCUAACCAGCACUAUACUCUGUCUGGGGCAUCCCGAAUUAGAAAUGAGGCAGCGAAGAAGGCUUGAAUCGCUUAUCUAUGACCAGAAGGAAAGAGAUUGCGGAAUGGAGGUUGCCCUGUGCCUUAACCUACUCUACAGACACAACGGAGAUACUAAAGAACUAACCAAGCUAACUAAAGCGAAAAUCAAGGGAACAAACUCAAUUAAGGAUAUGAACAUUCUUUUAUGCAGCAUGCACAUUCGACAGUUCGAGGAAACUAAGAACCCAAAUGCAUUUUUGAAUGCUCUUGCCGUAUUCGAGGAUUUGGUGGUCUCAGACCCAGCUAACAUAAAACUGUUAUACGAACUCAAAAACGCUUUCAAGCUGCUGAAGACAAACUAUUCGGAGUACAUGAUUCGCAUGUUGCGAGCAGCUGCCUCGCAGUACGCCGCCCUCACGGGCGAACUGAGUUACCUACAAUCGGUAGUGAUAAGGACAAUGGGAAACAUCGUCAAAAUGUGCUACGUCGUCGAACCACAAAAGUUGGCCAAAAUGAUGCCCGAAAUAAAGGAAAUAGUGGAACUCAACGAUUUGAGAUACCUCUUCAAACCGCUGCUCUCCGCGGAUGAUUUCGGUCCAGUGGACGAUGGGCUAACAGCGACGCAGGUAAACCUUUGGGUGGGCACCUUGUACGACCUGACCUACAUAAAACCUCCAAAGGUACAAAACUUCGUAACCAUACCCGUGAGCAUCGAUUUGUUGUCAGGGAAGCUCGGUAACACGAGUGAAACCAGUCCGGUGAGGGUCGCCGUCAUAACGAAAAAGGAUAGUUUUAACUCCAGCGUACUCAAUGAGCAUGUCCGCGCGUUAAUUUCAUCCGCCUUUGCAAGGAUCAGCAGCGGGAGUGUCUUGAAGCUGAUCAUCGACCUCGCCUUAAGGUUGGGGCUAUAUAGAGAAGCGGCAAACUGUCUCAAGCAGCUGGAACUGUGGACGAACGAUACGCUGCUGUGGUUUAAUGCGUUUCUCCUUUAUGCAAAUGCGGAAGUAGAAGCAGACGAAAUCAAAGCCGUGCAGCUUAGAGUGCAAGGGUUGGAUGCCUUGGAGACGUACAGUCACCAAUGCACGUCGUGGGCUAUGAGACAUUCCAGGAACGAAGUGAUGGCACCGGAACUCAAUUAUGCGCUGCCAAGUCUAGUGACACAUGCGUGGUGUGUUCUCAGACUCGUUUUUCAGGUAGCGGUUGGGCAUUUGCGUCUAUUAUUCAGGGAAACCCCGCACGACUGCUCAGCCCUCACAUCUGUAUUUGUCGGCCUCUUUGGCCAUUUCAAGUCCCUCAGAUGGGCAUUCAGAAAUGUGUGUUGUGAAACUACAAACAUAUUGCAGGUCUACGAGGGGCUGUGUAUCCUGCUCUACGCCAUCUGCACUGCAGAGCCGCUGCCGGAGGUAAAAAAAGAGGAUAUCGCAAGUCAAAAUCCGGAGGAAACACAACCUACCAGAGAUCCGGAUGAGGCACUAAGAUGCUACAUAACGAAUAUAUUCGCCGAAGACGAUAUUCACAUGCCAGAAACCUUUGCAAUUGUGAACCUCAUCGACCCGGCGAUACGGGCCCAACUCUAUACGGCUCCCGCCAUAAUGGCGGCUCACAAGGGCCUUAUUGGAGCAGUGACGAAACAGUCCAGUGACUCCAACGCGGACAAGGCAGAAUCAGUGGUGCCACAGGUAAUGCCGACACACGCAUCGCAGCUGUCCCUGGAGAGCAUCCUAAAUGAGUUUGUCUUAUUCUCUCGCGUGCGCACGAACAAGGAGAAGAACCAUAUGAAGAAAGCGGUAGCUUCUGAUGAUCACAACGUGAUUGCAGCUGCACAGUGCGAAGUGUUCUUCUCGUACUUGUCAAGGGAUAUGGAACCGCUAAUGGCGUUGCAACCUCUUGCCAAGAUGUGCGACGCACAAAAUAGGAGUACGAAAACCGUUCAGGAUUUGCUUAACGCUAUAAGUACGCUUCAGCUGCCAAUGCCGGUGGGGGUCAUCAAAACGUUCCCUCUCCCCUUCGCGGCCUUGACAGCACUGGUGGAGUACGAGAAACGCUCCGGCGACGGGCCAGCGGCCAUACACAUACAAGGGUCAAUGCGUAACUGUGCUUGCCGGGUGCCGUGGAUCAAGAUUAAGCUGGAGGUGCUCAACGGUCGGACCAGCAGCUCCGUGUUAUUUAGAAGACGGUUCAAAAUGCAUCGCAACGUCAUAGACAAGUAUGUACACCUCUAUCUGGAGCUGCAAGACGUCGACGCGCUCAGCUUCAGCUGUCUACCACUGAACAGUGGCGGCUACCCGUGCGGCGUGCCCACACAUUUCAGACCGACAUCGCGCGAGAUAUCUACCUGA